AUGGCGAAUUACAGUGAAGAUUUGAAUGACUAUUUAAAGAUUUCUCCAGUCAGGACACCUGUGGUCAGAAAACUGCACGAUAGGAAGCAAAUUGAGCAGAGAAAGGAUGAUCCUGAAAUAAAGGAUGAUACAUUAUAUGAUAAUAAAAAGGAGUCAAAGAGAGUGAAGAGUGAGAGCUCGGAGGAGAAUGAUUCCCCUGUAGACGAACACUCGAAUAUCAAGUCAGUAACUGAGAAUAAUAGAUACACUAGCCAGUCAGAGCCAGGUUCAUCAAGAAUUCCAGCGAAUUUGGAUGUAACCAUUCCAGUGACUGAUACUGAAAGUCCAGCGAUGUCCACCGUGACAGACCACACGCCUUUUCAUUUUGAUCUAUCUAAUUACGUAUACUAUCCAUCAUGGUUGUCUACUUCCGCGCCUGUAAAACGUACUGAGGCUAGUACCAUAGAUCCCUGGUUUAAAAAGUCGAGGUUCAGUCGUCGGAACAACAGGUACGGAGAUAAUAGUAGAGAGAAUGUCGACGGUGUGGCGGAAGCCACGAAUGUGGAGAAUGAAGAGUCGCACGAAACACCUGACGAGAGUCAUGGGGCCGAGGAACAGGAACAUCAGAGUGACGAGUAUGUUCAGGACGAUCAACACGUGACAGAGGGUAGGAAGGGUUAUUUAAAUAGUAAUAAGCAUAAUCAGGAUGAUAAGAAGGUGCAUGACUCUUCGAGCGAGGGUUCGCACGAUAAUGAGAGUCAGCAGACUGCAGUGAGUGGCGACGCGAAAGGGAAGGGUGGCCCGGUGAAAUUUGAGGAGGGUGGCAGCUCGGAACGGAAGGAAGAACAUCGCGAGACUGACGGUGAGAAAGGGGAGAAGGGGUACAAAAGCUGGCACGAGCACGAGAAAGCCAAUAAGGGACACCACGACAAAGAGCGUCACAGCAAUUAUUUCGACGAGGAGGACGGGAAAAAGAAGGAGGAGGAAGAAGAGGGUGGAUACCACGAGGAGUAUGAAAAGGGCGAGAAGGGCGGGAAAGAGAGCGAGUUCGAUGAGAAGGGCAAGCAUCAGAAGGGCUACAGCACCAAGGGGGAGCACUCUGUGCACAAAAAGGACGAGUUCGAAAAACGGACAGAGUUUUUCGACGAGUUCCACGAGGACGGGGAAACGGAGAACGACGGCGAAUCCCAUCACGAGCACAAAUCAUCCAAAGGCGGUCAUCAUAAAAUGGGUCAUCAUAAAGAAGGCGAG